UGGGAAUUCACACAAAACUACUUUAGUUGGGAAUGCGGCACUCGUAGCCAAUCGUACUUGAUUCUUGAGCCAUUGUUCCAGUCAUCAGAGUCAGCACACCAUGGCUGGCUUCAGGCAAGAGGAUGUUGAGUUGUACUAUGAGAUGGGAGAGGAGCUGGGCAGUGGACAGUUUGCCAUCGUUCGUAAGUGUAAGGAAAAGAGCACAAGUGUGGAGUACGCAGCCAAGUUCAUCAAGAAGCGGCGGCUGUCGUCGAGCCGGCGGGGGGUGAGCCGCGAAGAGAUCGAGCGCGAGGUCAACAUCCUGAGGGAGAUCCAACACAGCAACAUCAUCACCCUGCACGACAUCUUUGAAAACAAGACCGACGUGAUCCUGAUCCUGGAGCUGGUGUCUGGAGGAGAGCUGUUUGACUUCCUGGCUGAGAAGGAGUCUCUGACUGAGGAGGAGGCCACCCAGUUUCUCAAGCAGAUCCUGGACGGCGUUCAGUAUCUACACUCGAAACGCAUCGCACACUUUGAUCUCAAGCCUGAGAAUAUCAUGCUGCUGGAUAAGAACGUCCCCAACCCCAGGAUCAAGCUGAUUGAUUUUGGUAUUGCGCAUCAGAUUAAAGCAGGAAACGAGUUCAAGAACAUUUUUGGAACACCAGAGUUUGUUGCGCCUGAAAUAGUGAACUAUGAGCCGCUUGGACUGGAGGCGGACAUGUGGAGCAUCGGAGUAAUCACAUACAUUCUGUUGAGUGGCGCUUCACCCUUUCUGGGCGAGACCAAGCAGGAGACCCUGACAAACAUCUCAGCGGUCAACUAUGACUUUGAUGAGGAGUAUUUCAGCAACACCAGUGAGCUGGCCAAGGACUUCAUACGCCGUCUGCUGGUCAAGGAUCCCAAGAAGAGAAUGACGAUUGAUGACAGCCUUGAACACUCCUGGAUUAAGGUGAUUAAGAGGCGAAAUGUCCGCCCAGAGGAGAGAGACCACAAGCCUGAGCGCCGACGCCUGAAGACCACUCGUCUGAAGGAGUACACCAUCAAGUCUCACUCCAGCAUGCCACCCAACAACACGUACAUCAACUUCGAGCGCUUCUCCCAGGUGCUCGAGGAGAUUGCGGCGGCAGAGGAAGGCCUGAAGGAUCUGGAGCGCAAUCAGCGCUCGUGCCAGGAGGAUGUGGCUGCGCUGCUGUCCAUAUACGAGGAGAAGGAGGGCUGGUACAAGGAGGAGAACCAGAGCAUCUCCAGCGACCUGAGCCACAUCCGCCAAGAGCUGCAGCGCACCCAAGCCCAGCGCAAGAGGAGCCAGGAAGAGACCCGGCUCACCAUGCAGGCCGCGAAUAUCCUCAAGCGCAAGUUUGGACGCCUGGAAAACCGCUACGAGGUCCUGGCUGAGCAGGUGGCCUCUGAGGUGCGCUGGGUGGAGGAGCUGGUCAAGUCCAUAUCUGCGGAGAAGGACGGCCUCGGCUCCGGCAGCAUGCCCUGAGCAGGCCUGAUGUCCAGCAAUGACACUUUCUUUCUCAAGUAUCUUCCUGCCCGUCUUCUCUGCACGUGUUCUGCACUGUGGGGUUUGAGUGGGUCAGUUGUUAUCAUAAGCUACGCUGCUGCUGCCCAUCAGGAAAAUGUUCCACCCUUUUUUAUAUCAUACUUGAGAGAACCAGCAAGAAGCAGAGAAGCAAAAACUUUGAACCCAUUCCCCCAUGAAAAGGCUCAUUCCUGUGUUUUAUACAUUUAUUUAUAAUUUUAGGGAUUUUAUGUACAGUUAUUUGUCCGUCACGCAUUGUAGUUAACACAAUUAUUUGCAAACUAUGUUGGCUUUUUUUGUUGCUGUCAGUAUUGCAGAUUGAAAAUACGUUCAUUUAUUUCUCUUAAUUUUCUUAAUUAUGUCUGAAUUUCCCAGUGCUGUAAGAGGUGGAGAUGUCUGCUCAUUUGCUCCUGCCUCAGGUUAUUGGCCAGUUAUGUGACAAAGCUUCACAAUAUUCAGCUUAUUGUGUGAGGUUUGCACAGAGUUCAGGGGUAUUUAUUUAUCCGGUUGCAUUUCAGAUUCAGUUGCAGCUGACGUUAAAAUUCUCUCAUAUGUUGGGACAGAGCGACUAUAAUGGAUGCGAUAAACAUAGACCCUCAGCAUAGAGAAAAGAGAGAUUCAGGGUAAUGCUUUCUUUUACAAGUCUGUCAUUAAAGUCGUUAUUGUAAUAAUUCUUUAAUUUCCAAAGGAUUUCUUGAAAGCUUCCUGGGAAGAACAAAGUAGAUUAGCUCUAAUCAAAGGGAAAAUCUAGUGUUUUUAGCUUGUUAUUUUAGCUGGUUUAAUUAGUUGUUUGAGACAUCCAGAGGAAUUUCCAUGAAUGAAAUUGCUGGAUUUAAAAUAAAUAUUUAUUCAUUCAGUCACUGUUGAAACUCUGUUCUUCAUACAUACUGAAUUUUAUAUUUGUUUGUAGGCACCUUUUACAUGAACAACUGCUAUCCUCUGACUAAAUGUCGCAAGCUUGCACUAGCUUAGCAUUUAGCUAGCGUUUAGGAAUUACAGGGAAGUAUGACAGUUGAUCACAGUCUACCUAUAAUUGGUACCAAAUCACAUGAUUCUUUCCAGGAAACCUCCAAGGACAUUAUUUGGGAAUUAAUGUGAAAUUACAGAGCUGUAAAAUGCACAGUUACUAGAUUCAGAAUGUAUAAACUCAUCAUUCAGUGCCUGUAAACUGAUCAACCGUAUUGCCUCUGCGAGCACUCAUCUGUCAUCAAGUUAAUGACACUUCUAUCACAUUGAUAUUGCUCAAUGUCUUAAACGCAACAACUUUUGCACAGUAGCCUUGUAAACCAAAUAGUGUGCAUGGAAACUUUCUCUAUAUGCUCUAACUCUUCUUGUUAUGUUUCUGUUUUCAUUCUGACCGUCUCUGCACACUCGAAACAUUCCAUCGAUCCGUUUCACAUCCAGCCGACACAUUCCCCAUGUAUAUCAUAGAGAGUGUAUUAUAUAGACCGUAGUAUUUUACAGUAGACAAAUGUAUCAUUGUAUCGUUUGCACUUAAAUGAUUAUAACAGUGUUCCAACAUAUAUUUUAAUCUGUCUCUUAGGUGUCAGAAAGAGCUGUAAAAAUGAACCGUUUGGGCUAGUUUCAAAUAAACACAGU